AUGUGCCUCAACAUCAAGUACUUCUGCGCCUCCUGCCGCCAGCCAAUCUCAAACCAAUCCGCCGACGCCGGCGAAGCAUGCCAGUUCUCCCUGACCCAAGACACCAGGUCCGCCAACUACGAAGCCAACCAUGCGGGCCUCAUCUUCCGCGAAUCCCUCCCCCUCCCCCACGACCGAGCCCUGGCCAUCGGCCACACCUGCGCAACGCCCGGCUGCGCCUACAACCCGAACACGCGCUUCACAACCGGCAACGACCCCGAAUACGGUCCUAUCGCCCGCUGCCCCGGCUGCGACAACAUCAUCUCCGUCACCACGCACAACCUCUCCAACGCCAUCAUGGGCGGCCUGCAGCGCUUCAUCGCGCACCGCGCCGACGCCCGCGUGCCCGUCCUCGCCCCCUCGCUGUGGGCGGGCUACCACUGCGGCAGCGGCACCAACGGCUGCCUCUGGACCGCGGAACAAGUUUUGAUCCAGGACAACCGUCUGAAUGCGAUCCGGCAGUUCAUCAACAACAACCCCCAGGGCGCCGCAGCACCCGACCAGGUGCUCGGUCCUAUGAGUUUCCUGCCGGGGGCUAGGCCGCAGAAGAUGUGGGGCAGAGGCGAAGUUGCUACCGUCAAAGAGAUGCUUGCUGCCGGAAAGGAUUAUGAGGAGAUAGGAGCUAGAUUGGGUAGGAGCGAUAAGUCAGUUCAAGCCAAAGUAAUCCGGAUGGCCAAGAAAGAAAACUUGGGCGGGAAGAAGUGGGCAAAGCAGUUGCAGCAGCGAGCUAAGGAUGAGGAAACGGAAGUGGAAGGGGAUGAUGAUGAUGAUGCCGAUGCUGAUUAUGAAGAUGAAGAUGAAUGA